AUGCAGCGCUAUAGAGAAGACGCCUCUGACGAGAGCCAUGAUGAAGAAGACAUUCCUUUACACUACAAGCGGGCUUUCGGUGCGGGACUGAAGCGACAAAGGGUCGAGUUUGUUCCCGCCCAAGACCCUGAUGCUGGAACCACAACCACAAUAGCACCAGUCAAAUCAACAGACACUUCCAUCGGCGAUUUAUAUGCUAGCAUCGUUUUAAAGCCUUCCGAAGACAAAGAUAACAAAGUCUCAGAAGAAGAGCCAGAGGAAAUAUGUCCAGACUGCAAACUCCCCAUCUCAUCCACUUCACAGCCUCACGAAGCAUCCUUCGCUCACCAAGUCUCACUCACACACUCACACCCCCCAUCGGCACUUGAUCGCUCGCGCAUGGGUCUCAAAGCCCUGAAAUCUCAAGGUUGGGACCCUGAUGCCCGACGAGGCCUAGGAAGAGAGGGCGAGGGAAUGCGAUACCCUAUCAAAGUGGUAGCGAAAGAAGACACUCUCGGCAUCGGAGCGACGAUACCGAAGGAGAUCCAAGAAAAGAAAAAGGAAGAGAAGCCCAGGCCAUUAAACAGAAAGGAAGCGAAGCAGCUCGCAGCUAAGGAACGACAACGACAUGAGAGACUACAGGGUGCGAUUUAUGGGAGAGUUGAUGUGGAAAGCUAUCUGAAAGGAAAAGGCGACGAUGGUUGA